CACAGAUUUCCCGAACCAGUUUUGGCUUCUGAUACAGUAGAAGAGGCGCCCUUCCAACCUUUUGCGCUUCCUCGGAACCCGGUUACUCAGGAGAACAGGCGGCCGCUUUACUAUAAAGGGCAGCGCAGCAGCAGCUCUCACGUCCCAUCCUCUCACAAAGGCGCGAAAAGAGACACUAAUAGCCAUUGCACUCCGGCCGCCUUGUCCUCGGUGGCUGCUCAGCGCAGGCGCCGCCCCUUUGGCUGUGGUCGCUGAGGGAGGGACCCAGCCGAAGAGAGCUCGGACUUCGAGCGCUGAUUCUUCGACUACGCUGGGCUCCUGCCGUCUCCUUUCCGAAGCCGAGAAAGUCGACCUCGCAAAGCAACCUCACACCGCCGCACCCAGCCCCCCACCCCCGCCGCAGUCGAGCCAUCUGUCCGCCUGUGAGAGACCAUGGCACCUGAAGGCAGGACAAGAAGCAAUGGAUGGAAAUUAAUCAAGGAGAGAAGCAACCUAGAACUAAAUUUCCGGACAGUUACAACAAUUAAUCAGUGGAAUAGCCUGCCUCCAGAAGUUGUGGAUACUCCAACACUGGAGGUUUUGAAAGAAGAGAUUGGAUAACCAUUUGUCUGAAGUGGUAUAGGGUCUACUGCUCAAGCAGGGGGUUGGACUAGAACAUCUCCAAGGUCCCUUCAUUAACUCUGUAAUUCUGUAAUGUAAAGAAGAAGCAAUCUUCCUCAUCUUGGUGCUAUAUAAAUAUGUUCAGCUUUCACAAUUUCCUGCCAACAUGGCCUCCGGUGUACCAGCUAAGAAUUAUGAGAAUUGAAGUUCAAUACGCUGAAGAUUACUAGGAUAGAAAUGUAAUGCUGUAUAUCUCUGCUUGCAGUAAAGCCAUGUUGCCAGUUAAAUCAUUAAUUUUAACAACAUUGCAUUUUUAAAUUAAUUUACGGUGAAAAACAGAUUUAUGCUUGUAUAAAUUUUCUUCUCCUAAGGCGGGCACGGCAGUCAGGAUGGGUGGAGACACGGAGUGAGUUGUUAGGACCGAGUCUGCUUGAAACCAACGAAGCCCCGCCUCCUUGCUUCCACUGUCAGUUUUUUCGACUCGGUCGAGUAGGACGGUAGUGUCUAGAGACUUCGCUCACCUUUCGUGCUAAUUUGAAGGCUAAAUCACUUAUUUUACAGCCCCAGCGUUAUUGCUUGCUUCCUGUCACCACGGAGAACUGGUAGGUGGUUGAGCUGCCGGCUGGCAGUUCUUUGAAUACCGCAGUAGACUUUCUCUUCUUGCCGCCGGAGACUUCGGUCAAAUUUUUUUCCGGCUUUCGCUGCGAAUCGGGCUUUGCCCUGCAGCAAGGAGGCUACCUAAUUGCUCCGCUAAUCGCUCGAUCACGUUUCGCCCUUCGGCUAGCGAUCUUUCUGCGGCUCUUGUCUUUGGAACUUGAAGGAGCUUGGGUGUCUUGACUGGAAGGCUAGCGCAGUAAGUGUGCCAUAAGCGGGGCGUUUUAAAGGGAAAUAAUUUCGGCGCCAUUUCGAAUCCCUCUAAUAUCAUGGCGGACGCCAUUUUGAAGACCGCUUCCCGCGCUCAUAAGAGCAAGGGAAAAAGAACCCAGGAGCCCGAUCCUGAAGAAGGGCCUUCGGGUAUUCAAAAUAAUAAAAAGGCCAAACAUCAUAGGUCUUCCAGGGUGACUGAGAAGCCUCCUCCGUCAUCCUCUAAGCACUCUAAAGAUGAGGAGAGGCGUCACAAGGCAAUGGAACGAGCCUUCCAAAAGGCUUCUUCUCAUCAGGCCUCCGUUCCUCAGCCAGCUACUGCACCUUCAGGAACAGGGCAAGAGGUUUUACGGCAACCUCCUAGUGUGCCUCCUCUGUCUCCCGAUAGGUCCCUUCAGGAGGAUGUUCCUUCCUUCACGGAGGCAGCCUCAGUUUUCCCAACUGUACAAGAACAGGCAGUUCCUGACCAGGGCCCAGAUCUGCUCCUUCAGGGGGAGGUUCCUCAAAUUGAAGCCCAAAUUAAGGCUACUGCCCCUGCGUCCUCUAAUUUGGAACAAGUCCUAUCUCCAGCUUUGGCUUCCCUAAUUGCGGAUUCGAUUGGAAAGGGCAUAGCCCAAGGGCUUCAGGAAAGGGCUUCCUCACGGAUCUCAGAAUACCUGGAAGAUCAGGCCUCCUCACUUAGAUCCCAACCCUUGGAUGGGAAUUCCCAAGGGCAGGAAAGACAAAGGUCUCCUUCUCGGGACAGUCAAAGCUCUAUCUCUCUGGAGGAGGAAGCUAUCAUUGAUCAAGAGUUAUCGGAGGAUGAGGGCCUAGAGCCUGAUCAGCCCUCGUUUGUGGGUCUAUUCUGCCCUCAAAUGUUCCAAUCAUUAUUAUUUAAGGCACAAAUGACCACUCGUUUGGGAAUCCCCACUUCUAAGCCCAAGGAUUCUUCCAAUAUAAUUGAUUCCAUGGCUAACCUAUUUGAAGAGCCCGCUGUGGCGGCCGAAACUAUCCCGGCUCCCAAAUUGUUUUCCGACGUCCUACAGAGGCAGUGGAAAUUUCCUAGUUCUGGCCCCUCACCAAAUUCUCUCGAUAAAAAAUUCUAUAAUUUGGCUUCAGAAUAUGCCAACCUGUUACAGAUUCCAACGGUGGAUGCUCCAGUUUUAGCCUUAGCCUCACCAUCCCCUGUCUUGGGCCCUCCUGAGGAAUCCUUGCCCCCAGAGGAUAGGAAAACUGAGCGCUCACUGAUUAAGGGCCAUCAGGCUUCGGCCUGGUCGGUGCAGGCGGCCUCUGCGGCAUCGUUUUUUAACAGGGCGUCCAUUCUCUGGUUAAAACAACUACAGAGCCGUCUUCCGGCUUCAGAGGUUCGAGCCCACCAAGAUAUAAAUAAGAUUAUGGCCGCAGUCGAGUUCUCGGCUGACGCCACACUGAACGCUGCACGCUUUUCCGCCAAAGCGAUUGGUUCGACCGUGACUUCUCGAUGUUUAUUGUGGUUGAAACACUGGCAGGCCGAUGUACGGAAUAAAUGGCGCCUCGCAUCAUCUUCUUACGCUGGAGACAAGCUGUUUGGGGCUGCUCUGGAUCCAUUACUGAUCGAGACUCGAGACCAUCGCAAAGUUUUGCCAGCCCUAUCUCAACGUUCAGAUUUCAGACAAGUGCAGUCCUUUCGAUCUUCCUCCUUUCGUUCCUCAGACACCGGCUCUUACCAUCAGUGGUAUCAGUGCUCCUAUCCAACCAGGGGACCUGCCUUUCAGGAUAAUCAGGUUAGACAGGGACCCCAUUAUCCCCCUAGGAGAUUCCCUCGGGGAGGUCGCGGCCGUCCCUUCCGGAGGGCUCGCUAAUAUGUCUAGUCCCCUUGCCCUUGGAGGUCAUUUGUCCAGAUUUGCCUCCAUUUGGGAAGCCACAGUUUCCGAUAAUUGGGUUAAGAAUGUAGUCAGAUUUGGCCUCUCCCUCGAAUUCAGAUCUACCCCUCCUCAUUUGUAUUUACGUUGCCCUGUUUUCCUUGACAGGAUUAAGAGGGCCCGGGUGGGAAAUGCCAUCAAACACCUCCUGGCUUCUAAGGCCAUACAACCAGUACCUAAAUCGGAAUUCGGGAAAGGGUUUUACUCCCGCCUUUUUCUAGUCCAGAAGCCAUCGGGGGAUUGGCGUCCCAUCCUGGAUCUUAAAGCCUUGAACCGGCACUUAAUUUAUCGCCGGUUCAAGAUGCAUUCCCUUCAAACUAUUUUAAUGGCCAUUAGGGAAGGGGAUCUGUUAUCUUCUAUUGAUUUGACGGAGGCCUAUCUACAUGUCCCCGUUCUUCCCGAAUUCCGGCAAUUCCUUCAUUUUUCUUAUCAAGAAAAUCACUAUCAAUACAGGGCCCUACCCUUUGGUUUGUCCUCGGCCCCUAGGGUUUUUACUAAGGUCAUGGCGGCCCUUAUGGCCUACAUUAGCGAUCUCCCCAUUAGAGUUUUAUUUUACCUUGAUGACAUUUUGAUAUUGUCCCGCUCUCCUGAUCACGCCCUGAAGGAUUUAAGGGAGACUCUUAAGAUAUUGCAGGAGCAUGGCUUUUCAGUUAAUUGGAAGAAAAGCCAUUUGUCUCCUUCAACCCGGAUUCAGCAUUUGGGGGCUGUAAUUGACACGGUCACUUCAGAGGUCUUUUUGUCUCCUGAGUGUAUUUCUAGUUUAAUGGCCUUGGUAACCCGAGUAUAGAACCAACGCUCAUCCUCUGUCCUCACUUUGUCUUGCCUUCUCGGCAAAAUGGUAUCUACCUUCGGAAUUGUGCCGUGGUCACGCCUGCACAGCAGGGACCUUCAGUGGUUCCUGCUAUCAUAUCAGCGGUCAUGCAAGGAAGCUUCAGCACGGCGUGUAAUCCUUCCCACUCGGGUGCUUCGAUCCCUGUCCUGGUGGACGUCAGCGGCCAUAUCCAAGGGCAGCCAGUUUCGCAAACCGCACCAAGUAACCCUGACUACAGAUGCCAGCCUGUUGGGUUGGGGCGCCCACCUGGGGUCCCACCUGGCACAGGGUCAAUGGUCCUUGCAAGCGGUCCAUGAACAUCAACGUCUUAGAGCUGCGAGCCGUCUUUCUAGCUCUUCAGAGUUUUCGUCAUUUGGUCCAGGGUCGAGAUGUCCUCGUCCUAACGGACAAUGUCUCUGCAAAGGCCCAUAUCAACAGGCUUGGGGGCACCCAGUCUCAAGCCCUGAUGAGGGAGGCUCUCAAACUGGGGACCUGGGCGGAACGCAACCUGAAGUCAAUCAGAGCGGCACAUAUUUCCGGGGCAGAGAAUCGAACAGCAGAUUCUCUCAGCAGGGCUCCUGUCGACCAAGCAGAAUGGAGCCUUCACCCAGACCUGUUUCUGGAACUGACGAGGCGGUUCGGCCUCCGCGCGGUGGACCUGUUUGCCUCCAGCUCGAAUCACCAGCUACUCGGAUUUACGAAGCUACCUGGCGGUCCUUCUCUCUCUGGUGUCGGAAAUGCCAUCUGUUGGCGCCAGCCGCUACAGUUAAAGAGGUGCUAGGAUUCCUCCAAGAAGGGUUUGCCGCAGGUCUAUCUCCCAAUACCCUUCGGCGCCAGGUUGCAGCUUUGGCUUCGGUCCUUUCUUGUGGUUCAAGAGAUUCGAUUUCCACGCACCCCCUUAUUCAUCAAUAUUUGCGGGGUGCUACUAAUCUCCGGCCACCUGCAAUACAUCGAUUCCCAUCGUGGGACCUGCCUAAGGUCCUAGGGGCCCUUACGAAGGCGCCCUUCGAACCCUUACGAGAAGUCUCUCUUCGCUUUCUGUCGUUGAAAGUGGCCUUCCUGCUGGUGGUCACUUCAGCUCGCCGUAUAUCGGAGAUGGCAGCCUUGUCAGUUCGCAAGGAGCUCUGUAUCAUUUACCCGGACAGAGUGGUGCUACGCUUAGACCCUUCGUUUAUCCCGAAGGUGAAUACCAUGUUCCAUAGGGCCCAGGAAUUAAUUCUUCCUGAUUUCUGUCCUCGCCCUCGCCAUCAUCGUGAACGACUCUGGCACAAGUUGGAUGUCCGGCGCGCCAUAAAGCUUUACAUCAACCGUACGGUGGCCUUUCGACGCUCGGAUUCCUUCUUCGUUUCAUUCCUUCCGGCAUCACUGGGUUCCAAGAUAUCGUCGGCCACCUUGGGACGGUGGAUCCGAGCCUGUAUUUCAACAGCCUACGACUCACAGUCUCUUCCUGUCCCUCGUGGAGUCACAGCACAUUCCACCAGGAGCGCCGCGACUUCAGCCGCCUGGUCUACACGAGCAUCAGUUGAGGAGAUUUGCCGUGCCACCACAUGGGCGUCACCUACAUCCUUCAUCAGGCAUUAUCGUCUGGAUACUUACACCUCGGCUGACGCAGCCUUUGGGAGGAGGGUUCUUCAGGCGGUUCAUAAGGUCUCCUAACUACGGGGCCGGCCAUCUCCCUCCCGACACAGCUCAGGACUUUGGUAUGUCCCAUCCUGACUGCCGUGCCCGCCUUAGGAGAAUGGGCGUUGGUUCUUACCUGAUACGCCUCUUCUCUGGCAGGCAGGCACAGCAGUCAGCCCCACCCUUCUGGGCCGUCCCCGUGUGGUGGCUCCUCGGGGGAGGGGGGGUUUCCUUUCAUUAUGUCCUUUCUGUUU